AUCAAGGUCAACCUGGUGUUGGAGGCUACAUACCAACGCAGCCAUCUUGAUGAGAAGAACAUCGAGCAGGAGGAGUUCCAGAAUGUGGCCUUCAAGACUCCAAACUAUUCAAUCUUUAAUAUCAACGAUCUUGCUAGAAUUAUCAGGGAGGCGUGCAAGAAGCUGUUGGAAGAAGAGGCUAAGUUCGAAGGCAACUCUAGUGGAUGGAGCCUCCUCAUCAUCGAUGGAUUGCUCAUCAGGAUUAGCAAACAUACUCCCCUGCGUGGAUCAUCCUACAUCAGUCUUCCACCUCUUCUAUCAGCACGAAAGGCAAUCAUCAAUCCUAUAAACAUGGACCAGCAAUGUUUCAAAUGGGCUAUCCUCGCCAAACAUGUACAAGGCAGUAAUCCUCAACGAGUCAAUGAGCGAUACCAUCAAUUGGAAGAAAGAUACAACUUUUCAGGCAUUGGAUUUCCCACUACCAUCAACCAAAUCGAUAUAUUUGAGAAAGAUAAUCCGGAGGUAUCAGUUAAUAUUUAUGGUGUGGAUGAGAAGAACGUUAUAUUUCCAAGAAGAGUUGGAAAUGCAAUGAAGGCAGAUCACUUUGAUCUUCUCCUCCUCUGUGAGAGUAAGGAUGAUGAUGAAAACAGCACCCUUGAGGAUGACAAUGAACAUAAAUCAAAUAGCCACUACUGCUACAUUAAAAAUUUUGAAAGACUUGUGAGAUCCCAACUCACAAAACAUAAAAGUAAAAUUAUCAUCUGCAGACGAUGUUUCACCCAUUACACCCAGGAUAUAGAUGGAGAACGCAGGAUGGCUGAGCAUGAGGAGUAUUGUGCUAGCAAUAAUACAGCAAGAAUCAUCAUGCCACAGGUUGGAAAAGAUGGUAAACCUCCGACCUUGAAGUUUGAGAAACAUGUGCAAAAGUAUAGAGUACCUGUUGUAGCAUAUGCUGAUUUUGAGUGCAUCCUGGAGAAGCCUGAUGAAGACAAUGAACAAUGGAUCGGUAAAGCUACCAAAGUUAUCCAGUAUCAUCGGGCAAUGAGUUACUGCUUAUACUUUGUGCGGGACCCAUAUUUGGAAGAUUCCUGGCUGACAAUCACUAACCUAAUCCCUCAUGAGCCAAUUGUCUACAGGGGUCCUGAUGCCGCCGAACAUUUCAUGAAGACCCUCACCAUGUAUGCAAAAGAUUUAGAUGAGGCAAUUGACUGCAGGAAUAUCAAGUUGCUCCCACUAACCAAAAGAGAGAAAGAACGACAUAAUGCAGCUGAUUUCUGUGAGGCCUGCAAUGAACGGUUCAAUAAAGAUAAGGUGUAUGACCAUUGUCAUAUAACUGGUAUCUACCGGAAUGCAUUAUGCCGUAAAUGCAACCUGCAGCGAGAGCGACAAUCAUUCAUACCAGUGUUUCUCCACAACUCUUCAAACUACGAUACACACCUCAUUAUUCCAGAGCUGGGUAGAGAUAAGGAUCGGCUGUCUGUCAUCCCAAAUUCAUCGGAAAAGUAUAUAUCAUUCACCAAACAAAUAUCUUCAAAAAUGCACCUUCGAUUCAUCGAUACAUUCCGGUUUACGCCUGAUAGUCUAGACAAUCUGGUCACCAACCUAGUCAAAUCAGCAUCAAAUCCAGAAGACUUGUCCAAAGUGCUGCCACAUACUGCCAAGGUGUUUGGAAACAAAUUGAGCCUUGUCUCAAGGAAAGGAGUGUUUCCAUACGACUACUGCGAUUCAUGGCAGAGACUCGAAGAAACAUUGCUACCACCCAAAGAGGCAUUUUUCAGCAAGCUGGUUGAUAGGAGUGUUAGCAGUGAUGAUUAUGAACAUGCUCAAACUGUAUGGAACCAAUUCAGUUGUAGAACUCUGGGAGAAUACAGUGACCUAUACUUGAAAACAGAUGUUCUCCUGUUGGCUGAUGUCUUUGAAAGUUUUAGAGAUAUGUGCUUGAAAAACUAUAACUUGGAUUGUGCUCACUACUUUACAUCUCCAGGCUUUUCCUUUGAUGUCAUGCUGAAAUAUACAAAAGUUGAACUAGAACUCCUGACCGACUACGAUAUGUAUAUGUUCAUUGAACGAGGCAUCAGAGGUGGCAUAACAACAUGCGUUCAUCGACAUGCCAUUGCCAACAAUGCCUACACAGGAGCGCCUAUUGACCCAGAGAAGCCUACAUCAUAUCUCCUGUACACAGAUGCGAACAACCUGUAUGGUUGGGCGAUGUGUCAACCACUUCCAUGCCGGAAAUUCCAGUGGAUGGAGAAAGAUGAGUUGGAGGGGGUGAGCAGAGGUAUUGAUGGUGUUGGAGAUGUUCAAAAGAUUGGCUACAUCUUGGAGGUGGACAUUGAGUACCCUUCUGAAUUGCAUGAUGAGCAUAACGACUUCCCAUUCCUGGCAGAGAACAAAAAAACUCCAAAAUCAGGAUCGUUGAGAUUGAUGACAACUCUAAGCAACCGUGAAAGAUAUGUAUGUCAUUACCGCACCCUCAAGCAAGCAGUACAACAUGGAUUGAAAAUCACUAAAGUUCAUCGAGGUGUAAGGUUUGAGCAGGAGGACUUCCUAGCACCCUACAUCAUGCUAAACACCAGACUUCGACAACAGUCAAAGAACAAGUUUGAGAAAAAUUUCUUCAAACUAAUGAACAAUGCCGUUUUUGGCAAGACAAUGGAGAAUGUUCGGAAGCGUAUGAACAUGGAGCUUGUCAACAAUGAGAAACGUCUAAGGAAACUGAUUGCCCGACCAACUUACAAGGACCGCAUCAUCUUUGGUGAGAAUAUCUGCGCUGUAACAUUGCAUAAGGAAAAAGUAGAGCUCAACAAGCCAAUCUAUAUAGGGUUAUCAGUGCUUGACAUCAGCAAGACCCUUAUGUACCAGUUCCACUAUGAUGUGAUGAAACCUAAGUACAAAGAGAACCUGCAACUGCUUUAUCAGGAUACUGACAGCUUAUUCUACAUCGUGAAAACUGAGAACCUAUACAAUGACAUCAUCAACAGCCAACAACUGAAAGAUACCUUUGAUACAUCCGAGUAUCCGACUGACCACCCAUGCUACUCAGAUGGAAACAAAAUGGUGCUUGGAAAGUUUAAAGAUGAAUAUGCUGGCCGAGCGCCACUUGAGUAUGUAGGCCUGCGAUCGAAGCUAUAUGCCCUGUAG